AUGCAUUGUGGGAUAAUAAAGAUGUCAGCCACCAUGAGUCAACGUCUGUCUGCUAACGACGAGGUUAUUUUAAAUAUCCUCAAUUUUCUGUGCAUUGCACCAAAUUUGUUCGUCAAAAUCCCACAGAUGCGGAACAUUGUCAAAACAGGAAGCGUCAGAGGACUCAGUCUGAAAGGUUUCUUGAUGGAAACUAUUGUAUACAUGGUUGGCUUGCUGUAUUACUUCACCAAUAAUUUUCCCUUCCUGGUUUAUGCAGAAUACAUUGCUCUUGAAAUACAAGCUCUAUUGAUGGUUCUCGUAUUUCUUCAUUACUCAAAUGAUUUGGAUGUCAGGAUAUUACCGGUUGCAGCUUUAUUUUUUCUUGUGACAGCCAUUAUAGGAUCAGGGUCUCUUCCAACCUCCAUUAUUGCUUUUUUCUUUUCCAUGAAUCUACCUCUGAAUGCAAGCAGUAAACUACUCGCAUUGAACACCAUCUAUAGUACAAAGAACUCGGGAUCAGCUAGUUUUCUCAUGUGGUCUAUAUCUGGUUUGACGUCAGCUGGUCGUAUAGCAACAAAUCUCAUGACAAAACCAGAUUACCUGGUGUUAACCAAUUUCACAGUAGCAGCGACUCUCAGCUUCUCAGUGUGUUGUGCAAUCAUCAUCUACCGUCCUAGCGAGAAGAAGUUUGAAUAGAUGUUGGACCAAUCAAGUAUUCCAACCAAUCAGACCCUGAAGAAGAAAAGCAUUGUGGGAAAAAAUAUCCCAUUGGUGUAGCAGCUAUUGAGGUAAUUUGUGAUUUUUGUACAGUACCGUGGAAGAAGUUUGAAUAGAUGUUGGACCAAUCAAAUAUUCCAACCAAUCAGACCCUGAAGAAGAAAAGCAUUGUGGGUAAAAUAUCCCAUCGAUGUAGCAGCUAUUAGGGUAAUUUGUGAUAUGCAGUACCAUGGAAGAAGUUUGAAUAGAUUAGAAUGAUGUAGAUGUUUAGACCAAUCUGUUCUUGAAGAAGAAAAGCUUUGUGGGAAAAAUUAUUCCAUUGAUGUAGCAGCUAUUGAGGUAAUUUGUGAUUUAUAUACAGUACCGUGGAAGAAGUUUGAAUAGAUUAGAAAGAUGCAGAUGGUCGGACCAAUCAGUUUUUGAAGAAGUAAAGCAUUGUGGGUAUAAGUUGAAUCGCUUGGGACUUCAAAAAUUAGUAGUCUGCUUUUACAGAGUGGAUUUCUUGUCCGAAUCAACUUUAACUACAUAGGUUUGAUAGCACAUGCUUUGCCUGUUCUGGUCUAGUGAUUGCUUUGGCUUACCGGUAAAUGAUUAUUGAACUUCUUGGAGGUUGUCUUAUGCAGGCUAAACUGUAAUCUAAUUACCUUUUUGUUUCUUGAGGAAAGAAAGAUAUGACAUGGGCCAUGUGACAUUAAAAAAAGAUAAAAUUAUUUGUAAAAUUAAUUGUGAUUGCUAGUUUAUGGCAAUCCAUGUACAAGAUAUUUACAAUCGAUUGUAGAUAUUUAUUGUACUUCUGUGUUACAUGGCCCGAUGUCUUGGAAAUCUGUCCAAUCACAGUUGGCAAUAGUAUUAAUUGUUACUAUGAUGAUAUUCUUUCCAGUUGUGUGCCUUUACAUAGCUUUAAUUAUACACAAAUGAAAGCUAUGGUAAAAAUCUGAAGUUGAGUUUUAGAACAGGUGGCAAUAAAAUGACCA